AAGGAGGACUUUCCCCUCUCAGUCUGGGCGUGGGGAGCACCCGGUUCUGCAGGCGGGGGACCUCCAGGAGCAGGGACGAUGGCCGCGCUGCAGGAGAAGAAGUCAUGCAGCCAGCGGAUGGAGGAGUUCCAGCGUUACUGCUGGAACCCGGACACGGGGCAGUUGUUGGGCCGGACCCUGUCCCGGUGGGUGUGGAUCAGCCUCUACUACGUGGCCUUCUACGUGGUGAUGACUGGACUCUUCGCCCUGUGCAUCUACUCCCUGAUGUGCACGCUCGACCCGUACACACCUGACUACCAGGACCAGCUGAAGUCACCAGGGGUGACCUUGAGGCCAGAUGUCUAUGGGGAGAAAGGUCUGGACAUUUCCUACAAUGUCUCCGAUAACAGGACCUGGACGGACCUCGUGCACACCCUCCACGACUUCCUGGCAGGCUACUCGCCAGAGGCCCAGCAGGACAACAUAAACUGCACCUCGGAGAAGGUCUUCAUCCAGGAGAGCUUCAGCGCCCCUAACCACACCAAGUUCUCCUGCAAGUUCACCACAGACAUGCUGCACAACUGCUCGGGCCUGGUGGACCCCAGCUUCGGCUUCGAGGAAGGAAAACCGUGUUUUAUUAUUAAAAUGAACAGGAUCGUCAGGUUUCUCCCCAGCAACAAAACGGCCCCCAGGGUGGACUGCGCCUUCCUGGACCAGGACCAGGGCCGGGACCAGCGCCACACGGACCUCCCGCCUCUGCAGGUGGAGUACUACCCGCCCAAUGGCACCUUCAGUCUACACUACUUCCCUUACUACGGGAAGAAGGCGCAGCCCCACUACAGCAACCCUUUGGUGGCCGCAAAGCUUCUCAACGUCCCCAAGAACACGGAAGUGGACAUCGUGUGCAAGAUCCUGGCUGAACAUGUGACCUUUGACAACCCCCACGAUCCCUUUGAAGGGAAAGUGGAAUUCAAGCUUAAAAUUCAGAAGUAAAGGACCGAGGAAGUGCUUGUAGCCUGCGUGGGAGCCUGCAGUCCACCGCCCUCCCAGGGUGCCGCCCCCCGGCUCCGCGGCACACCGACUCCCAAACGCUCAGUGCCUCCACACAGGCGCCUGUGCGCCAAGCACUUCGUGUUGGAAGCAACUAUUUCUUAAUAAGUCUUUACUAUUUUUUAGAUAGAAUUUGUAGCUAUGAUAAAAAUGUUGGGUUAACAUGGUAACCCUCAGGCAGAAGCUAUCCAACUAACAAGACCCUAAAAUGAUUCACCUCUUUGUACACAGACAUCACUUUUCUUCCUAUAACUUAUUCUCUAAACGUCAACGAACUACGGCCCAUGGUAGUAUAAACACUACUGAUGCCUUGAAACGGCACUUGACUAUGACAAUGUACACUUCGAAUGCCUGCUUCAAAGAAUGCAAUUCCCAUUGCAAAAAUAUAUUAAAGCCACUCUUAUUGUACACAAAACA